AGGGGGAAAUAAUUCCCAAGUUACGGCCUUGCUUUCUUGUGCGCUGGUUUUUUUUUUUCGGCGGACCCUUUCUUUCCAUUUUUUUUGUCACUGCCCUUAUUUUUUUCCCCUUUCGCAUCGAUAAGCCUUCAGUCUCAUUGGGCGCUCUUUGCAAAUGUCCGAAGGUCUUUCCACCUCUUCCCAAUUUCCUCUGGCAGGCUUCUCAAACUCUGCGACUACAAAGCCCGAGAGCGCCGCAACAAGCGAUUCAUCGACGACCGCGGCAGCAGGCCGUGACGGAGCUGCACUGGACUCUGCUCGAUAUGCCGGCCACCACUCGAUAGUCUCGUCCGAAAGCCAUAUUGCAGGGGGGCUUGCGAAGCCGGCGCAUACGAUGCACAGCGAAGAUGUCGAGGUUGAGGGCCGGCCGCCGUACAUUCAUGCUAUGAUUGCGGGAGGUAUUGGAGGUUCAACUGGUGACAUGCUCAUGCACUCACUGGAUACCGUCAAAACGCGACAGCAAGGCGAUCCGCAUUUCCCUCCGAAAUACACAUCCUUGGGCCGAUCAUACCACACCAUAUGGCGACAGGAGGGCAUUGCGAGGGGCUUAUACGGAGGCUGGAUCCCGGCUUUGGGCGGGUCAUUCCCGGGCACAUUGAUGUUCUUCGGGACGUACGAAUGGAGCAAGCGAUUCUUGAUAGAUCACGGGCUCCAGCACCAUCUCGCCUAUCUCUCAGCAGGCUUCCUGGGAGACCUCGCAGCUUCCAUUGUUUACGUGCCCUCAGAAGUUCUCAAGACCCGACUGCAGCUUCAAGGACGCUAUAACAACCCCCAUUUCGUCUCUGGAUACAACUACCACGGUACCCUCGACGCCGCGCGCACAAUCGUCCGAUCAGAGGGCGCAUCGGCGCUCUUCCACGGCUACAAAGCAACCCUAUAUCGAGACCUACCCUUCUCUGCGCUACAAUUCAUGUUCUGGGAGCAGUUCCAGGCAUGGUCCAGGGUAUACAAGCAGAGCCGCGACAUUGGCGCCCCCCUCGAACUCUUAACUGGUGCCGCUGCAGGUGGUCUGGCGGGCGUUAUCACAUGUCCCCUGGACGUCGUCAAGACUCGCCUACAAACACAGGUCAACAUCCCAUCCGACCCUGAAUCCGCACACCAUGAAUCUUCACACCGAACGAAAGACCCCAACCCUCAGAAGCGAUCAAUAUCGACGUCAUCACCAAGCACCCAUAGACCUAAACCGGGCGCCAUCGCGCUGAAAACAUCGUCAGUCUUCACCGGACUGAGGGUCAUCUACCACACCGAAGGUUUAGGCGGCUGGUUCCGCGGCGUUGGGCCCCGAGGCGUGUGGACUUUUAUCCAGAGCGGCUGCAUGCUCUUCUUAUAUCAGCGGCUGCUUCACAAGCUGGAGGUUUGGAUGCCACUAGAAAGCUCUGAACCUGAAGUUGCAUUGUAAAAAAACAAAAAGAAACAACGAAACAGAAAAUCAUUGCUUCUUCCAUAUAUAUAUUUUUGGCUUUAAUUUUUUUUUUCUUGUUUGUACAUGAUAGUGGGGGCGGGCAUGAGCAUUAUGACGAGAAGACGCGAAACAAGCAUUGGAGAGAUGAGAGGAUGGAUAUGGGGAGGUUUUCUUACUUACUUGAUUGAAGAAGAAGAUGAAAGGGAAAGGAAGGGAAAAGAAAGACUCAAGCAUUAAAAAGAAACAGGAGAAGGUGUUAACGGUGAGGGCGUAGAACUAGGCCCGGUCAUUUACAUGAAGGCGUUUUGGGGAAGAAAAUAGAACUGGGACGAUAAGACGGGGUUCUUUGAUAUAUGAUAUAGAUAGAGGGCAUGGGAAAGGGACAUUGUGUGCCAAAUCUCCAACAAGGUUUUUAUUACUUGUACAUUAUUCUUUUGCGGGCAUUGCGCUGUGUCAUUGCCGAUACGUGGUUUAUUUAAUACAGAGCAUUCAGAG